AUGAAGGGCUUUAUUAAGAAAAGAAAGAAAUCCAAACAAUUACAAACGCAACAUACCAGCAAUGAGGAACAACCAUUAAUAACAACCAGAGGAACCAUGGGAUCCACCUCUUCAUCUUUAUCAACUUCACAGCCUCCCAAAGAAUCAGACUGUGAUACAGGACUAGAAAAGGAACAUAAAAGGAAUAGCUACUUUUCAAUAUUGUCAGAGGAUAAGAGUGCACCUAGCAGUAGUCUUAAUAUUAGCAGUAUAAACAAUACCAGUGGUAGUACUACUAGUACCAUCAAUAAGAAAAAAUUAAGAAAGAAUCAUUACAUAGAAACUAAAGUUUUAAAUAGUAGUAGCAGUACCAGCACUGGCAGUACUAGCAACACUAGUUCCAAUAUAAGUGGAUCUGAUUCCAAUGGGAGAAUAAUACCGAGAAAUAAACCAUCGAUAACUUAUAAUAAUAUUAAGAAAGACUAUCAUUAUACGGAGAAGGAAUUACCAGAACUAGAACAAAAACCAGUUUUUAAAAAUGAACAAGAAAUAACGGCUAAUAAUGAAAACAGUACCACUCAUAAGAAUGACACAACUGAUAUUAUUAAAGAAAGAAAAAAAAAUGAUAGAAAAUCCUCCCAAAGACAAAAGCAACAUCGCGAAAUAUCACCAACACAUGUAGGUGAAUUAUCUAAAUGGCUAUUGACCAACACCAAGCCGCAGCUAUUAGCCGAUUUAAAUAUAGAAGACCUUUCCUUAGAAACAUUAGCUAAUACCUCGGAUAAAAAUAGCAUUAUCAACAAUGAUAUACACAUAGAUAAUAACAUGGUCAAUUCUAACACUCAAGGAUCAAUGAAUAUUGGUCCUAAUGGUAGCAACAAUAGUAUCGCAGACGAUAAAGGCAACCCGCCAUUAAAAAUUAACUCUAUGGUCAAUAAUGGCGCUCGCAUUGGUUUGGAUGAUAUAGAUAUACUGUCUCCACCAAAAGUAGUCAUUACGCCCAAAAUUGUUAAAAUACAAACAUAUUUAACAUAUUAUUACAUGGUUUUGACCAAAACUGAAGGGUAUUAUAACCCAUUGCAAACUAUUAGAAAUAGGAAAUUACACAAAGGUCAUGUAUCAUACUUAAAAAGCAAUGUAAUUACUGAUCCACCACCAAUUCCGGUCUUAGAAUUUAGUCAUAAGUUUGGUUCACGUCGUUAUCACAAGCACCAUUUUUCAAUGCCUCAUUAUAAUACAAUGUUUGAUAAUAGCGAAAGUAGCGAUGAUAGUACUUCAACGGAAACUCAUUAUAACCGUAAAUUCAAUCAUUCUGCUGUACACAAUAUUUAUAGUCAUAAAUUCCAUACUAAUAACGCCGACUGCAAUAGCGAAGAGGAGGAGAACAAGAAAAAGGACAACAGUUCGGAAGCAGUAAAUGAAAUAAGUGAAGAAAGUAUGAGCAGCGAUAUCUCUGAUAGUGAUAUCAAUGAUUCCAAUAGCAACUCCAGUAGUUCUGAGGCUACUUUUAGUGAUAGUGAUGAUGGUGCUGAUAAUUUCAUAUACAGCCAUAUUAACAAUGUUAAUCGACAUUUAAAACAUAGGAAGAAGAUGCAGAAGAAGAAAAAAAAAAUUUUCACAAAAAGGGAAAAAAAGAAGAAAGAGGAACAGAAGAAGAAGAAGAAGAAGAAGAAGAAGAAUAAUAAGAAUAAGGACAGUGACGAGAAUGCUACAAAUAAUGUUAAGAUUUGGAAGUGGUUUGUUGGUGUCAAUGAAAGAUAUAAUGAUCUAAAUUGGCAAAAUAGAAGAACUUCCGGAAUGGCAGAAAAUUUCACAGACGAUACUGAUAAUAUGACCAAACUAGCACAAACUAGAAAGUUAUUCACUGGCAAAAAUCAAAAGGAUACAUUGAAACAUAACGCAUCAGAUGAUAGCCAGGAUCAUAAUGAUUAUACAGAGGAGCUGGACAAAGAAGAACAGGAAACUAGGAAUAACUCCAACUUUUUUACUCAGAAAAGUAAACAAGAUUAUAUUAUGGAUAAUAACAAAAGGGAUGCUAGUAGUACUAGCACCGAGAGCGAAGAAGAAAACGAUGAUAACAAUAUACCGUCUGUUAAAGAAGUAGAAGAAGAAUUUAUAGAGGAUGUUGAAGAAGAAGAACGCAGGGGCGAUAACAAUGCAGAUUUCCCAUUGGUGGAUUUGAAAAACAAUCACGAUAUUUUCAAGAAAAAACAGCAGUGGCAAGAUAUACUAUAUUACAAAGCAAUGAACGAAUUAUUAUUACACCAGAAUCAAACAAUCAAUUUAAAUUAUAAUAAAAUCAUCUUAAAAGAGACACAAGACUUGAAUACGAUAUGUGAGGGAUGUGGAUUACAAAAUAAAACGAUCCAAGUGUCACAGAAUUUAGAAAAAUUUGUCAAUUUACCUCUUUGUAAACCAAAAGAUUUGAAGUUACCAUCACAAAACUUGAUUGAAGAUUUGUUUUUAAGCGCUGAUAGCGCACUCACGGAAAUCAACACCACUUUAACAUUCAAGUUGAAAAUGUGUGCCAAUUUCGCCAUUAACCAUAUGCCUGCGUCGAUUAUCAUCAAUAAUUUGCAAUGCAAUAAUGGUAACGUCGGUAUUGACAGAAAUACUGGUACUGGUACUUCAAAUGAUACCAUAAACGAUAAUAACAACAGGAACUUUUUAAACAGUGCUUUUAUUCCAUCUGUGUUAUUGAAUAAGAAUGGUAACAAUGGAGCAUUAAAGAGAAUUUGGUAUUUUAUAUUAGAGUAUUUAAUCAUGAUUUUAUUUUGGAUCAUUUGGAUAAUUUUCAUAUUAUGGAAAGGUAUAUUGUCGUUAAUAGGUUUGUGA